GGGUUCCGUGAGAGCCUAUUUGCCCCACCCCACCUCUUCGGUGCUGGCUAAAAUUGCUUUGCCCUGCUCUCGGAGAGAGAUAGAAGGGGGAAGAAUUAACGUAUAAAAAUAAAGCCUUUUAUGGGCUACCCUCACACAUCCAGCGGUUCGCCGAGGGACUCGCGCAAACAACGUGGAGGAAUGUGAGCGCGCGCGGAUCAGACUCACCGGCCUUCUGCACGUGCGCGAGAGGUGCAGAUCCGAACGCUGAAACCUGAAGCUGAGGCUGUCAGCGCCGAGUUGAGGCAAGCUUCGAAGCGAAAGGAAGGACGUACACUGUAUCUCGGGAGAAGCUAAAACUAACGAAGGCCCCUUGGAUUGGAGGGGGGCAGCAGCCAUCGCAGAAACGGGCGAAAUGAGGAAAAAUUGAAUUAUUUCCUCAGACAAAGGACAAUAUACGGAUACACGUCUUCUAUAAAAACACAAGACAUGUUCGGAUUCUGAAUGGGAAGCUAGAACAGCACGAAAAAGUCUAGUUGCAGCUAAAAUAAUUUCCCCUGGUGUUGCUAACCAGCUAGCUAGGCUACACGGCUGCCGCUGUGAGGAUCAGGGCUACAAGUAGGAAACGAGGGCCUUGUUAUGCUGAAAUGGUUAAAACCAUACAAGACUCUCGUGUAUGUGUUUCGGUGUGUUUCAAAAAUUCGAAACGAUUCGAGUUUUUCAGUCAGUACGUUAUGUAAAUCCGUUUCGUGGCAUGAACUCGUCUUUUAUUCGGCUCUUCGUUGGAAAGUUGAGGGUGGAGGCCUCAAGUGAUCAAUGGAUGGAUAUUAAGCUUCUUUAGCUGUCUAGGACGUAAGCAUUAGCUUGUAUUUCGAGGUUAUUUAAGCUAACAUUUGUUACCGAUCGCUUUCUAUAAAAUUCAGACUCUUCUUUACCCUUUUUUUUCCACCCAGAGCUAUGAAAACACGCAUAAUGAACUCGUUAGUCAUACAUCAAUGUCAUGGGUGAAAUGGUCAUUGAGAUGGGCUGCUUGGGCAACAGCAAGACCGAGGAUCAGAGGAACGAAGAGAAGGCGCAACGGGAAGCAAACAAGAAAAUCGAGAAACAGCUUCAGAAAGACAAACAGAUCUACAGGGCCACGCACCGACUGCUACUUUUGGGUGCUGGAGAGUCUGGGAAGAGCACUAUUGUCAAACAGAUGCGGAUUUUGCAUGUUAAUGGCUUCAAUGCUGAAGAGAAGAAACAGAAGGUUCAAGACAUUAAGAACAACAUAAAAGAGGCCAUAGAGACUAUAGUUGCUGCAAUGAGUACUCUUGCUCCACCCGUCCUGGUCGCCUGUCCAGAAAACCAACGGCGAAUCGAAUACAUCACCAACUUACCUAAUCAGAAGAACUUUGAGUUCACUUCUGAGUUUUAUGAAAAUACAAAAAAACUAUGGCAGGAUGAUGGAGUCAAGGCCUGUUAUGAGCGUUCCAAUGAGUAUCAGCUGAUUGACUGUGCACAGUACUUUUUAGACAAAAUAGACAUUGUGCAGCAGAGUGACUACACACCAUCUGACCAGGACUUGCUCAGAUGCAGAGUUCUGACCUCUGGUAUUUUUGAGACAAGAUUCCAGGUGGACAAAGUCAACUUCCACAUGUUUGAUGUGGGUGGGCAGAGAGAUGAGCGUCGAAAGUGGAUCCAGUGUUUUAAUGAUGUAACUGCCAUCAUUUUUGUAGUGGCAAGCAGUAGCUAUAACAUGGUCAUCCGAGAAGACAAUCAAACCAACCGCCUCCAAGAAGCACUUAAUCUCUUCAAAAACAUCUGGAACAACAGAUGGUUGCGGACCAUCUCUGUAAUUCUCUUCCUGAAUAAGCAGGACCUCCUAGCUGAAAAGGUCAUGGCGGGAAAGUCAAAAAUCGAAGAAUAUUUUCCUGAGUUUGCUCGGUACACCACACCAGAUGAUGCAAGCCCUGAGCCAGGAGAGGAUCCACGAGUCACAAGGGCAAAAUAUUUCAUUCGGGACGAGUUCCUGAGGAUCAGCACAGCAAGUGGCGAUGGCCGCCACUAUUGUUAUCCACACUUCACGUGCGCAGUGGACACAGAGAACAUUCGCCGUGUCUUCAACGACUGCCGAGACAUUAUCCAGAGAAUGCAUCUCCGCCAGUACGAGCUCUUGUGAUUGGCCGAGCUCGAGGGGCAAACUUUUAAAGAGACUGACUUCUGAAAGUCUUGUGUUUUUGGCGGAGUUUGAGAGUGGAUCGUCUAAGAGCUGUGGGCUACAGGCCCCUUACACCGCAUAUACACAAACACACACUUUUAUCAUGCUGUUGAGGACCAAAUAUCAUGCCUUAUCCAUUUGAAGCAGCAACCUCAUUUCAAGGCAGUUAACUGCACACACAUGCAUACACUGACUGAGAUGUAAAAGUUUAUUUAAAAAGUCAAGUCAUAUGAUCAUUUGCACAAUUAGAUGUGACACAAAAGUAUAUAAAAUUGCUCAAUCUGACAAAAGUUGUACUCCUACAAACACGUAGCUUACAGUUUCUAGUUUUGCUUCUUGUCAGCUCACCCACUCAUCAGAGUGUAUGCCACAACACACAAUGCUGACCCUGGCAGUACCUGACAGUUUUGAGCUGAUUUGUGAUUGCCCCAACUGCUGGACCUGAAUCACAGUACAGUGCUUGACUGUUGAGUUUUCAGUUGGCUGGAUCAGCUUUUUUUUUGCCAUCCCGUGACCUCUCUUAUGGAGAGAAGGAUGAUUUCCUCACCAAAUGCUAGAAGAGCAGGACAGGCCGCAGUGAAGAUGGACACUUGGGACGCAAACCUUGUCAUGUGACUUACUAACUGCUUUCGGAUGAUGAACUUGAACGAUCGCAACUCUCCACUCCGCAUCCCCACUCCCUUCUUUGAUCUACUAAUUUAAUGCAAAUAAUUUGAUUGAGAGCACUCUUGCUUUUGGGGAGAACACACACACACACACACACACACAGGUAAAGAUGACUUGCCAAUGGAAUACUGUUCCCCUCUAUUGUAUUUCCUAUCGGUCACUCUUGCCAUCUUCCCAGUCUAACUUUUCCUGUUCUCCUGCUCUCUCUUUCCCCUCAACCCUCUAUUUUAUUGCUGGACUAUUAUUCUUGUACAGACUGCAAAAUGUAUUAUUUUGUACUUUAUUGAAAAAAAAGACUUGUAGAAGUUCCUGUGCCUUGAUCACAACACUGCGUGUAAAAAGAAAAAAGAGCUAAAGGCGUAAGGUAUGUCUGCGCUGUAUUGCUUAGCCUCUUAGCCACCCUUCCAACCAAUCAAUUGAGCCUAUUUGUUGCUCUCUCUCUCUCUCUCUCGCUCUCUCGCUCUCUCUCUCGCUCUCUCUUGUGCGCUCUCUCUCUCUGUCUCUCUCUUUCACUCUCUCUCUCUCAUACUCGUAUGCCUCUGCUUCUCCCAUGUUGUGUUAUUCCAGAUUGCUUUACAUCCACAUGCCCUCCCCUUCCUGAAGAGAGAAAUAAUAAUAAUUAGAACAAGUAUGGAUGUAAAAACAAACAGCUUCUUGGUUUUAAUUGAAUCAAGGAAAUUUGACAUCAGUGCACUUAAUGUUUUGUGCAUUACUGCAAUUGCAGUCCUGUUCCCCAGGGACUGGAAAAUGACCUUACUGUUUUAUUUCAGUUUUAGCUAAGGUUAAGAGGUGGGGGGGAGGGAGAUGGCUAACCAAAUGCAAAACCUGGCUUGUUUCUACCUUAUUCCAUUUUUCCUAACUAAAGAAGAAGCCAAAAUAGUUUUGUUUUGAGUCAUUCUUGGCUGUAUCUCAAAAAAAUCAUGGCAUAAAAAAGGUGGGUUCCCAUUAUUUAUUAAUAGAAGGUAUAAUCAGAAAAGAAAAAUCUGACAUUUUAUCAAGUCAUGAAUGGAGUGGGUUUUUUUUGUGCCUGUUUUACCCAGGUAUAACCACUAGAUGGUGACACACUUGAAAGGUUGUAAAUCUGCUCCCUGCAAUACACAACAUAUUGUUGUAGUCCGAUGUUUUGAAAGUAUUUCUUUAUGCUGAGCAUCAAGCAUAUGUUUAGAACAUGCGUAUUAAAGGUCUAGUAUUUAAAAUCUGGUUUUAGUUAGACUGUUUAAGCAUCGGUGAGCUUAAAGAUAUGUUAUUCGGGUUGGGGGUUGAUUGUUAAUAAGUGAAACAUCUCUCUCAAGCCAAAAGGGAGAUAAGCUCUCUCUCCAAAAAGGAGAAAAAAAAUGAUUCAGCUAUAUGAAUGAUCAGCAUAUUGCAUAUUGGCUUGUAAUUCCUGAGUAUGACACUUUUAUUUUUAUAUAAAAAAAGUUUAUAUAUCCUAAAACUACUUUAGGAAUGUCAGAAGGUUUUCUAAUUUCUAGCAUCAAUCAAGUAACAUUACACAGUUUAUUCCCCCUGCCGUGAAGAUUAAUAGUCAGUCAUGGCAGAGUGGAAGUAAGUGAAGUUUUCAAGGGAGCCAUCAACUAAAGAUUGAGGUGCAGAUUGGCUUAUUUUAUACACUUUCAGGAAACUUGCUAUUAUCAGUAGGGUGUAACCUGUACUGCAAUAGAUCACCAAAUUAUAUUUAUAAAGUUAAGUGGUUCAUUUUAAACAGUUGGUUUGGUCAUGAUCUUUGCCUAUAGGGAAAGUUGAAGGUUUGCCUUGAAGCUUUUUCUCCAUCACUUAUUUACAC